GUGAUUAUAUUUAAAGUAGGAAGUUAUUAAGUAGCCAUUGUCAACUGAAUUACUGUUUAACGCAUAGUGUGCAAUGUUUAAUGUUUAUUGAAAUUGUAAAAACUUCUAAUAACUUUUAAUUUGAUCUUACUUUAUAAGUUAUGUUUUUCACAUAUUAAAUAACAUUAUUAUCGUGAUUUAAGUAACGACCAAUCAGAGCAGAGCACGUGGCUUGAGUGAGGUCGAGGCGUCAUCUUUAUAUAAGGCAGUUUGACAGUUGUCACGGGUGGAGGUGUAAAUUGAGGGUGGAUCGGGUUGGAUCCUCGAAGUUGGUUGAUCGGAAGUGGCGCUUUGAACUCACUGCUCGGUCUUAACUCAGUUCUCUUUCUGAUCAUUAAAUGUGUACAGUGAGUUUGUGAUUUAAACGUGCUGAAACUUAAUUAAAAUAUUGUGAAAAUCAUAAUCGACGUGUUUUGUGUUCGCACUUUACCCUCAUGACGCCCACCAAGUCCUCAACGACUAUCGAUGAUGUCGUUGAGAAAAGUGUUUCUCCGACAUAUAUAUAUAUAUAUAUAUGUCACUAUGUGAUCUCAUAAAAUGUUUAAAUCUAGUUUACAAAGCUGCAGAUUUUUAAACCUAAGUUAUUUCGUUAGACAAUUUACGAGUCCCAAGACAGUGUUAUGUUUGUACGGACAAAAUCAUUUAAGAAAUCACAAAUAUAGAUUCCGAAAUGCCAGGAUAUAUUCCACCCAAAGCGAUCGCCAUCGUCAGAAAGCUGUGAUAGAGACUACGACACCAAAGAUCGUACUAGACAAGAUUAAAGAAGAGAAAAUGUUGCCGGAGGAGAAAAUAGAGUCCGGGUUGUCAUUACUCUACCAAGAGAAAAUUAUGCCGUACAUACGUUUAGCGAGAUGGGAUCGCCCUAUAGGUGUAUACUUAUUAUACUGGCCGUGUGCUUGGUCGAUAUCUUUGGCGUCCCUAUCGGGUACGGUGCCCCCAACAACUACAGCACAGACGGCCUUAUUGUUCCUAGUCGGUGCUGGCUUGAUGAGAGGUGCUGGUUGUACCAUCAACGAUUUAUGGGACCGGGAUGUUGAUGCCCAGGUGGAAAGGACUAAGGAUAGGCCUUUGGUAUCCGGCGCAAUAACUCAGAGGCAGGCGAUCGGUUUCCUCGCAAUGCAGUUGAGUUUGGCCCUUGGCGUUCUACUGCAACUGAAUUGUUACAGCGUUGUACUCGGUGCAAGUAGUCUAGUUCUAGUCAUAAUUUAUCCUCUGGCAAAACGGUUCACAAACUACCCACAACUCUUCCUCGGUGCAACUUUCAACUGGGGUGCACUACUCGGCUAUUCAGCUAUAUGUGGUUCCAUGGACCUGUCUGUGUGUUUACCGCUGUAUAUAUCGGCCAUGGCGUGGACAGUUCUGUACGAUACUAUAUAUGCCCAUCAGGACAAACAAGACGAUGCAAGACUAGGCAUUAAAUCCACUGCCCUAACAUUCGGUGAUCACACCAAACCGGCGCUAACAGCAUCCCUGGCUGUCAGUUUAUGCGGUCUGACCCUGGCCGGGGUUAAUGCUGGACUGAAUGGGUGGUAUUAUACAGGGCUCGGAGUGUAUAUGCUUCAUGCUGGGAGACAGAUCUAUACCCUCAACCCUGACAAUCCAACAGACUGUGCGGACAAAUUCAAAUCUAAUUCUAUGGUCGGUCUCAUUAUAUUGCUCGGGAUCCUCGCUGGUGGCUACCAACAGUAUCUUGAUAAUAGAGAGAAGCAUAAAGGUACAGAGACUAUAGACGCGACCAGAUCAUGUGUCUUUGGUUGAGCCUGGCUGCUCUGCCAGCGGAUAAUAGAGUUCUCUACCAAAUAUUAAAAUACCUAAGCGUGAAUCAAUAUUAGUAAGGUGAAAACGGUAGUAUAACAUUUUUCAUUUGUUGAACUCGCAUUAAGAGGUUAUUUUUUUUGUGCUGUAUUUGUGAUAGCUCGGUCUGUGGGGCCGGCUGGCGUUGUGUUGCCAUAUAUAAGUCAAUGUAUUUAUUUGGGUGUACAAAUAGGCUGUGAUUUACAAUGUACAGUCGCAGGGGAAUGUAUAUAGGGUAAUCAAUAUUUAAUUUAUUUUUGAUAAUAUAAUUAUCGUUAUACAUAUAUAUGUUUAAAAAUUAUUAAUUAUGUGUUUAGUACAUCACCUCUGAAGGAGGGAAACUUAGUGAUGUUGGAGUGCAAACAGGAAAGGGGUAGAAAUUGAUUUUUAAGGAAUUGUUAGUUUUUCUUUAAGACAAACUUUAUUGAAAUUACUUACAAGUCACAAUUGAUUGACCGUAUGCGUUCGCCACGCAUUCCCUCUCGCUCUGUAUCUUUCUAUUCCCCCCACUCCCACUCCAGGAGUGUUAAAGAUUUAACGGAACCUUGAUAGAAGUCGCAUAAGAAGUUCCACUUCAAAAAACCAUUUGGUUUUUCACGUAUUUUGUUUCACGUAAAAACGUAAACUGACGGUGUUUACGUCGACGACGUCUCUUUGUAAGUGUCUUGUAAUAGUUAUUGGAAGAAAUAACAGUUCUAUAAAAAAUAUAAACAUUGGUUCAUUGCUAGUUGUAAAAUUAGUUAUUAGUGUGUAACAGGCCUUAUUUAAGAAAAAGAUCCAAAUAUUAGGUUAACUUUACACAAUAUAACGAACAGAUUUUAUAAAUUUCUAAUAUUUUGUUAUUUUAGUGUAAAUAUAAUUAAACAUUAAUUGUUGUAAAUACAUUGUUUUCUUGCCGUA